GAUAUGGCGCAAGUGCCGAUUGUGUAUUUGACCAGGAAAGAAACAAUAUCUGCUUGCCAUCGCCUUCAUAGCCCACACUUGACCGAUGAGCAGAACGCAGCAGUUUACGGAAAGUGUAACAAUUUUUGGGGGCACGGACACAAUUAUACCGUGGAGGUCACGGUGCGAGGUCCGGUGGAUGAAAAAACUGGAAUGGUAAUGAAUAUUUCAGAUUUGAAAAUUUAUAUGAAAAAUGUGUUGAUGGAUCAGUUGGAUCAUAAGAAUUUAGACAAAGAUGUACCGUACUUCAAGCACGUUGUUUCAACCACCGAGAAUGUAGCUAUUUUUGUUUUCAACGAAUUAAAGAAAGAAAUGCCCAAACCUGAUUUAUUGUACGAAGUGAAAAUUUAUGAAACUGAUAAAAAUAUUGUAAUUUAUAGAGGCGAAUAAUUAUCGUAACCAAUCGGUCAGAGUUAAUUCAAGAAAUUGGCGCUUGUGCCUAUGUGUAUAUGAAAUAAUAUAUUUUAGAGAACAUGACAAUAAUCACAGAUCAACAUUUUAAGUACAUCGUUACUUAAUCAAUGGUAUUAAGAAACUUCACAUUCCAAAUUCAACAUUAUAUCUAUUUCGUACUCAAAUUACUUGUUCGCACUUAGUACUGUACUUCACAUAUGUUAAACAAUUAUACUGUAUCAUCAUAUAGUUUUACAUACAUUGUAUAUUUUUGGUAUAUAUACUUCUAUCACAAGCUCGAAUCCUUGUAAAAUGCUACUUUCGAGUCUAUUUAUCUGUACAUGCGUGUAAAAUAGAAUGACGCACGUACGUUCCAUUUAAUCCUUAACAAUUAGUCACAGGUAUAAAAAAUUUCUGAUAGCGAUCUCGCCGAUUAUCCCAAUACUAAAAGCUCAUUUAAAAUUGAUAAAGUAGUUGCACCUCGCAUUACAAUCAUCUAUAAAAAUAUGAGUUUAUAAAUUCAUGUUAAGUUUAUCUUGUUAUCAUUAUUAUUAGAAAGUAGUAUUAUUGAAAUUAUUAUUAUUAUUAUUAUUGUUAUUAUUAUUAUUUUAUGUAAUCUCAGUCUCUAUCUGUUGAUGUAUUGAAAUUUGCUUCAUAUUGAAAAGAUUCGGUAUAAAAAUUCACAUUUCAUAAUAUUGAUUAAUUUUCAAGCCAGCUCAGACUUCGUGAUACCGACUGUAUGCUACUAAGUUUUGCUGUCAGAUCAUGGAACCGAGUUUAUAUUUAACUUCACCGAAUAACUGCUAUUCGGGAAGAAUUAUCAGAAUUCACUGCAUUGGUGAAUAAUUGAAAAGAUAUUUGAUGUUCGUCAAACUGCAAUGAUGAAACUUGUGAGCAUAAUUUGAUAUCAUAGGCGUGUCAAAUACGUAACAUUGUUGCAUAUAUUAACCAAGUGAAACUUAUGGACUGAAUUUACAUAUUUCAAACCACAAGGAUUAAUCAACACUGGCUUCACUGAAUUUCUUAGAAAAUGAAUUUUAAUAAGACCAUU